GUUUUCCGCUGAACCAGCGACCAGCCGGUUAGCAUUCAUCUGCUGAGUCCCAGAUAUUUACAAAUAUAUCCGAUCAUUUAGCUCGACGGUAUAGUUCUUACGUCAUCACCCGACCAUUUCUUCUCUUUAGUGCGUGUGUGGCAGUGCGUGUUCUCUAGUGACUUAAGUAAUUUUAACCUCUAUUUUUCCCGUAUUUUUUUCCUUUUUUCGAAACUUUUAUUUUAUAAUCCCGAAGUGCUUAAAGAAAAAUGAUAACUUCGCGUUCUUAGCGAAGUUUGGAUAAAAGUGCGAAAAUGUUGGAUACGUUUUGCGAACCUUGCUUUGCUAGUGAACUGAGUUAUGUAAAGAGUGUUACUCGUAGCUAACUUCCAAAGAACUUUUUACUGCACGUGUGACUCGAAACUGCAGUAAGAAAUGGCUACGAUAGACGGCCGUCCCGCACAAUAUGGCAUUACCCUCAAACAACUCCGGGACCUCAUGGAACACCGAGGUCAGGAUGGAAUUCAGAAAAUACAAGAAUUGGGUGGGGUGCAAGAAAUUUGUAAGAAACUUUAUACAUCCCCAAAUGAAGGUCUUAGUGGGUCACAAGCAGACUUAGAUCAUAGGAAAGAAACUUUUGGUUCCAAUUCAAUACCCCCUAAGCCUCCAAAAACAUUUUUACAAUUAGUUUGGGAAGCUUUACAAGAUAUAACGUUAAUUAUUUUAGAAGUAGCUGCAUUGGUUUCUUUAGGUCUUUCUUUUUAUUCUCCAUCUUCUGAAGAAGAACAAGAGAGUGGAUUUAACGAUGAUGAAACUAGCCACGGGUGGAUUGAAGGUCUCGCCAUUUUGAUUUCAGUUAUAGUAGUAGUGCUAGUAACAGCCUUUAAUGAUUAUACGAAAGAGAGACAGUUUCGUGGUUUACAAAGUCGAAUAGAAGGAGAACACAAGUUUGCCGUUAUCAGAGGGGGUGAGGUUAAACAGAUUGCUGUUAGUGACAUAGCUGUAGGGGAUAUUUGCCAAAUUAAGUAUGGUGAUCUUUUGCCCGCUGAUGGUAUUCUUAUCCAGUCCAACGACCUUAAGGUAGAUGAAUCAUCGCUAACAGGUGAAUCGGACCAUGUGAAAAAGGGAGAAGCCUUUGAUCCAAUGGUACUUUCGGGUACCCACGUGAUGGAAGGAUCUGGUAAAAUGUUGGUUACCGCUGUGGGUGUAAACUCACAGGCCGGUAUCAUCUUUACACUUCUCGGAGCCGCCGUAGACCAACAAGAACAAGAAAUUAAAAAGAUGAAGAAAGAAGCUAAAAAGCAGCGGAAGAAGAAAAGUUUGACAGGCGACGAAGAGAACGUGACAGGAAACAGCCACAUGAACUCACCUGCUCCAGUAGCGAACAAGCACGACAAUGUACCAGAACAAGACGGGAAGGAGAACCAUGUAAAUAACACCGCUCCAGCAGCCGAGACCAGUCACAAAAAGGAGAAAUCUGUAUUGCAAGCGAAACUGACGAAACUUGCGAUCCAGAUUGGUUAUGCCGGCUCGACCAUAGCCGUUCUUACUGUGAUUAUCCUGGUUAUUCAAUUUUGCGUUAAAACAUUCAUCAUGGAUGAGAAACCCUGGAAAAGUACUUACGUUGGUCAACUCGUCAAACAUUUAAUCAUUGGUGUGACUGUACUUGUCGUUGCAGUCCCAGAAGGUUUACCGUUGGCCGUAACUCUUUCAUUAGCUUAUAGUGUCAAGAAAAUGAUGAAAGAUAAUAACUUAGUACGUCACUUGGAUGCAUGUGAGACUAUGGGUAAUGCUACCGCCAUCUGCUCAGAUAAGACCGGAACUCUAACAACAAACCGGAUGACAGUGGUCCAAUCAUAUAUUUGUGAGCAAUUAUGCAAAACUAUCCCGAAAUUUAGCGAUAUCCCUUCACACGUCGGUAACCUCAUUGUCCAGGGAAUCUCUAUUAACUGCGCUUAUACUUCCCGAGUUAUGGUUUCAGAAGACCCAACCGAACUGCCAAAACAAGUGGGUAAUAAGACCGAAUGCGCCUUGUUAGGAUUUACAUUAAAUCUGAACAAGAACUACCAGAACGUCCGUGAUGAUUAUCCCGAAGAUUCGUUUACUAGGGUCUACACUUUCAAUUCGGUCAGGAAAUCCAUGAGUACCGUCAUCCCCCGACGCGAAGGAGGAGGCGGUUAUAGGUUAUACACCAAGGGUGCUUCUGAAAUUAUUUUAAACAAGUGUGCCUUUAUUUACGGACAUGAUGGUCGUUUGGAAAAAUUCACACGAGACAUGCAAGAAAGAUUAUUAAAACAAGUAAUCGAACCAAUGGCCUGCGAUGGUCUCAGGACAAUUUGUAUAGCGUUCAAGGACUUUGUUCCCGGCAAGGCAGAGAUUAACCAGGUUCACUAUGAUCACGAACCAAACUGGGAUGACGAGGACAACAUUGUCAGUAACCUGACUUGUCUUUGCGUAGUAGGAAUUGAAGACCCUGUACGGCCAGAAGUACCUGAUGCCAUCAGAAAAUGCCAGAAAGCCGGAAUCACUGUUAGAAUGGUAACUGGCGAUAAUAUUAAUACGGCUAGAUCGAUUGCUACCAAAUGUGGAAUUGUCAAACCGAAUGAAGACUUCCUUAUUCUUGAGGGCAAAGAUUUCAAUAGUAGGAUCAGAGAUAGUCAUGGUGAAGUUCAACAACACCUUUUGGAUAAAGUUUGGCCUAAGUUGCGAGUGCUAGCUCGUUCUUCUCCCACUGAUAAGUACAUCUUAGUGAAAGGUAUUAUUGACAGUACUGCUACCGAAAACCGUGAAGUAGUAGCUGUAACAGGUGAUGGUACUAACGACGGUCCUGCUUUGAAGAAAGCCGACGUUGGAUUUGCCAUGGGCAUUGCUGGUACUGAUGUAGCCAAAGAAGCAUCUGACAUUAUUCUGACUGACGACAACUUCAGCAGUAUUGUUAAAGCAGUAAUGUGGGGAAGAAACGUAUAUGACAGCAUAGCCAAAUUCUUACAGUUCCAGUUAACUGUCAACGUCGUUGCCGUUAUUGUAGCUUUCAUUGGUGCUUGUGCAGUUCAAGACAGUCCUCUCAAAGCUGUGCAAAUGUUGUGGGUCAAUUUGAUUAUGGAUACUUUAGCUUCUUUGGCGUUAGCCACUGAAAUGCCAACCAACGACUUGUUACUUAGAAAACCUUACGGCAGGACGAAACCCUUGAUCUCAAGGACAAUGAUGAAGAACAUCCUAGGACAGGCCAUUUAUCAGCUCACAGUUAUCUUCUCUUUAUUGUUUGUUGGUGACCAAAUGCUCGAUAUUAAAUCAGGACGUGGAGCAGAAAUUGAUGCCGGACCGACCCAACAUUUCACAGUUAUUUUCAAUUCAUUCGUGAUGAUGACGCUUUUUAAUGAGUUUAAUGCCAGGAAGAUUCACGGACAGAGGAAUGUCUUCGAGGGAAUUUUUACUAACCCCAUUUUCUAUACUAUUUGGAUUGGUACCUGUGCUGCACAGGUUGUUAUUAUUCAAUAUGGUGGUGUAGCGUUUGCAACGAGUGCUCUUACAUUAGAACAGUGGUUCUGGUGUUUGUUCUUCGGUAUUGGAACUUUGCUUUGGGGCCAACUUGUUACCACCAUUCCAACUAGAAAGAUUCCAAAGAUUUUGUCAUGGGGCCGUGGCCACCCAGAAGAAUAUACCGAAGCAAUAACUAUCGGUGAAGAAAAGUUCGACGUUGAUUCUGACAAGAAACCACGAGCUGGCCAGAUCCUCUGGAUCCGAGGCCUUACUCGAUUACAAACCCAGGUGAUAGGUGGUGAAUUACAAGAACGUUUGAUUCCGGUUCCGUACAGCAAGAGCUCAACUGACCAAGCUGUGGGGCAAGUAAGUCAAAUCCGAGUAGUAAAUGCUUUCCGACAGGGCCUAGAUGCUCGAUAUGGCGAGCACAGCAAUGCUUCUUUAGCUGAAGCGCUCCGAAAACAAACUUCCCUCUCUAAGAGGCUGUCGCAAACUUCUUCCAUAGAGUAUGCAGACAACAUCCCUGACGAAUUGACGAUUCCUGAGAUUGAUGUGGAACGACUGUCAUCCCACAGCCACACAGAGACGGCAGUUUAGCCGUCGUUUAGUACAAUAUGUAGCUCCACUCGUAUCUAAAAUGCUGCUAAAACGUCCAUAAGCGCGCGCGACUCGCCCACCGUGCCGGUAAUAUCGUAAUGUCAACGCAAGCAGAACUGUGCGCAGCCGUUUCAGUUGUGCCAAGCUCGACUGGACGCAGUCGUGGGACUGUAGUUCGGCGGUCGCAGGCCAUUUUCUACCCGAUACCACUUUACAACAUUUAAUACUUGACGUCAUUCCACCUCUACGUACUGGUAAGGGCAACGAGGAGAAUCCUACGGUUUAUUUCGUUGUAAAUUGGUAUCGCUUCUAACAGAGGAGCCUAUUUUUAAGCAGUCGCCACCGAGCUAAAAGCAAUAAAUGGGGGACAGAGUGCCCCUACCAGGUGCCUAUGCGGCGGUUGUGGGGAACCGCACCCCGCACCAACUAACAGCCUUUCGCGGAAACUCUUUUUCUUAUCCAUACCGAAAGCAUUUGGUCGUCCUCUUUUUAGGGAAACGUUCUUGGUAUUCGAACCUGCAGUGUACUACCUAAAUAUUUGAGGUGUAGCUAUAGUAUUUCGCACACCCAGAACGAUUCAAAUCGUCUCGAUUCGAUCACGAUCCCGCUGCUUCACUUUUUUUACUCACAUUUAGGUGAUAACAACGUUACUUAGCUGUGUAACAAUUUAAGCGGGCCUUAACCUAAAGAUUAUUUUACAUUUUUGGUGUAUUUAUUUAAAAAACUUACUCGAUUUAUAUGUGUCACGUCAAACAACUACGUGCUUAACAUAAGUAUAAAGUAUUUUAAUAUGGAAACACUUACAUUUGCUUCAGUACUCAGAAAUAUCAAAUUGGACCUAGAAGGCUUUUUUUUUAUAAAUCAGGCUUCUUUACAGGGCAAGGGAAAACAUUUUAUAUGGAUAUUUUAAAACUUUUACACGAGAGUUCAAACACACAACGGAAGUCCUAAAAAAAAACAAUAUUUUAUACAUUCAAUAUAUACAUUUUCUAUUCAAACUUGACCUGUAGUUUCUGAGUUCUUAUACUGAAACAUUAUAAGUGCCUUUUCUUCUACUCGCAAUCUUAAGAAGGUAGAAAGGUUCACCCAAGGGUAAUGAUCUAUUCCUUUUUUCCCUAGCCUUAAAUUUUCAUAGGGGGGUGAUUAAACACCCCAAACAAAUACGAUAAUCAUAUUACUUACAAAGAAAACGGCCUUUUGUUUUCAUUGAAACAUUAUUAAGAUAGUAGAAAAACGUAGAAUUGGCACACGCUUAGGAAUGAUUAUAUAGCCUAAUUUUCUGUUUAUUUAGUUAUGGAUAAAGGGAAGCCAUUUUCUUUAUAAGGCACAUUAUGAGUAAGAAUAAGUUGAUUGUUAUUUACAAUCAGUAGAAAAUAGUUAUAAUAAAGUGAAACUGACCUACAUAUUGUAUAUUGUAAUACUACUAUAUUGUAUAUAUUCGGAUAUUAACUAAGUCGGUGUUAGUUAAUCUAAUUCUACCAUUUAUCUCGCACCACAUUUUGCUGAAGUCAGCCUUCCAACUACUUGUUGUAACCCUACUUUGUAAAAUUAUAUUAAUGUAGGUAGACAGAGAUCCAUCAUAUUUAGAUAUAAUUUUUAACUAUUUUAGGCUGAUAGCCAAAGUUUGAAUGCCGAUCAUUUUUACACUUUUUAACGUAUUCACUUGUAUGUUUAAAAGUAACGUGUUGUAGAUUUACAGUUUUUUAUUAAAAUAAUCUCUUGGUAUGGCUAAUAACAGCUCGAUCUAUGUAUAUUAAUCAUAAAAAGUAUCGUAUUCUUGUCUGUUUUUAAACGAACCAUUAUAAGAAUAGCACCAACAUAGAGUAUCUAGCAUAAAAAAUAAAAGUUUAUUAUUAGGGACAAGAUUAUUGGAAGAUUUUACUUUUUAAGGCUUCUAGAAAGAGUUUGUUAAUAAAGUUAAUAAUCUAAAAUUAAUUUCAAAAUGCCCCUUGGGAUUAAUUCUAGGUUGUCCUCAAUUAAAAUUUGGUCAGUAAGUACUUAAAUAAACAAGACUUAAUUUAACAUUAGAAAUUUUGGCAAGUUAAACAGCGGGAUUGUGAGUCGGUCUGUAUUAUAUGUAAUUUUAUAGCUAGUGGCAAUUGUUUGUUCAUCACCUAUAUGGUCUCUCCCCGGUUAAAAUCUAUUAUUACCUAGGUCUAAAUUAUAUUAUGAUAACAGUUAUGUAGAUAGUUUAGAAAUAAAUUUUUAAAAAUUGGAAUUUUAAGAAAGUUUCACCUACACGACUGCCUCUCGAGGGACGGGUGGUAGCCGUGUAUGUCAUCAACUACGCGCUAUUUGCUGAUGCUUAUGAACUUAAUGGUUUUGUAUUUUAUACUAACUCAUUUAUUUUUGUUUGUAGAAUUCUGUUUUAUUAUUUGUAAUAUACGUAAGACGUUUAUAUAAAUAACAUUUAAGAAGCUGCGUCUACUGGCAAGCCUGCCACAUAUAGGGGAGGUUAUUCUGUUGCUGUCAAACUCUUAAGCAUUUUUAAAACCCGCAUUGUUCGUUUCUCGUUUUUAUUAUGCAGUACGCAUUUUAAAAAUGUUUCAAGUUUUUGGACACUGUGUUUCAUCUGUAAAACUGGUAGAGACGUUAGUGAGAAAUGAAUUUAUAUGUUUUGUUUUUCUGUCUCGUUUAUUUUGUUCUACCCUUUGCAGGGUAGUUUUAAGAACGGGUGAAAAAACAUUUCAUCGUUUAUGCAUAUAUUGAGAGUAGGUAAUUAUCUAAUUUGUUCACACUCUUAUAUUUCUAAUCGAGUAGGUUUAUUUUCCUCUUAGUGAUUUUGGUAUUUUAUUAUUUUGUAAAGCAAUAUACAGGGUGUUUGUUAAGCACGUGAUCAAACUUUAAAGGGUGUUUCUUUAAGUCAUUUUAAGACAAAAAUAUUAUAUAAGCAUAGCUUUGUUUUCAAAAUACAGAGCUAUUUUUUGAUACUUUUUUAUUUCGUGCAGAUGCACAUGCAAUGAUUUUAUUUUAUAUCUUUCAAGAAUUUUUUUAAUGCAAAGAACGAAUUUAGUGCGAAAGUGGCCCAUCAUUUAAUUUUAAUUUAGGUCGAGCAUCACCUAGUUACUUACGAAAAACUUUUUUUCUAAAGAUCUUGAAAAUUAAGCUAUUUAGGUCCUAUAUACGGGUAACACAGGCAAAAGGGAACACUUAAUAACUUUUUUACUUUCCAAGAUACAGAAAUGAAAUUUGGUAUAUCGAUAGAACAGUUAUAGGAGCAUCUUUUGACAUAUUUUGUUAUUUUUUAUUACAAAACUAAGUGAGGCCAACUUUUUUAUUUUAAAUGGGACAAUUGGUAUAUUAUUACGUAUUGUGAUAGAAAAUAAUAUUCUGAGAAUAAUGAUACCGUAUUUGCCACUUUUUGUUUUAUACUCAUAGAAAAUAACAAUUUUUAAAAUUUUGAAAUAUGAUGCCAUGAACGCCUUGAAAGUUUUAAUUUUUAAUCGUAAAAGUAGUCACGGAAAAAUAUUGUAUUUUAUUACUUAAAUCUUUUAAACGCCUAUUUAAAAUUUCCAAACUAAUAUUUUUUGACAUUUACUUUAUUUUUUUAAAUAGCACCUUGUUAUGAACAACCACUAUUGAAAUGCAGUUUUUCAGAAAUAUAGUCAGUAAACAUUUCAGCUUAAUGCUCUCAGAAUAUUAUGAAUGAAAAGUGUCUCAUUUAAAAUAAGAAAGUUAAUGUCACUUCCGGUUAAACAGAAAGUGACGGAAAACAACUGAAUAUGUCAAAAGAUGCUCUUAUAACAAUUCCAUCAAUCUACCAAAUUUCAUUUAGUUAUCUUGAAGAGUAAAAUAGUUAUUAAGUGUUCCCUUUUUCCUGUGUCACACGGUAUACCUCUUACCUCAAAAUUAAUAGAAGAACCUCCCUUAAGUCUGGCCAAGUACAUAACUGACAAUUGUUGAGUAAGCGUUUAAAAUACAAUAAAAAGGUAUUUCUUAGUCUCAAAAAUGAAUUGAAAAAGUAAGGAGUUCAUUGUUUAAGAACAAUGUUGGGAGUUCUAUUUCCUUCAGAACAUUAUUCGUGUUGUUUAACGUCCUACCAGAAAAUCGGAAUUCUAUGGUAGAUAUGUGAUAGAUAUAGAGUGAUAAAAAAAGCGUUUUCUAGAAUUGCCACGUGUUUGACGAAAGAGCCUGAACACCGCGGCUUGUCACACGCACAUUUAUUCAUACACUCCGUAUCGGAUUAAGCUUCUCUUCAUACAAAAUACGGGAAAUAUAGAGUUUUAACCUCUUCUUCCUGCGAGUACAGUAUUUUAGCUGGUGUUUCUCUAGUCAUUUUUUGUAUCCUAUUGUAAUCUUUUAUUUUGCUAAACUAUUUUUUGCACGUUUGCCUUCGCUUAUUUAAGAUUUUCUCUGUUAGGGUUUUGUUUGUUCGGCCCACCAUUUCCACUCUUCAUCUCAUAUUAUCUAAAUUAAGAUUAGUUUAUUAAUUUCUUUCUGUUUACCUCUUUUUAAGAUAAUUUAUUUAAACGUAGGUUAAGUACUAACAAAAAAAUUAUUAGCUAGGACCAACUAAGUGUAAUUUUUAUUUAAUAAAAACGAGGCACUUUAUGCUUAAAUACUGUAUAGCUUGUUUGUAGCGAGUAGUUUUUGAUAAAUAGCUUAGCUUCUUUUCCAGUCUAUAAUGGCGUUGACCUUCGACUAUUCUUAUUAAUUGCUGGGACAAAAAUUAUAACAUUUUUAAUAACCGGCCUAGUGAUUCCUAGGCAUCGUUCUUUUGUCUCAUAAAUCUUGCUUUCUGAAUAGUCGUUGCUCAUGAACGGGAAAAAAAGCUGUGCACUUCACUCACCCUCUCGUGCGCAGAUUUAUUUCUCUAACCAUAAAGCAAUAGUCUAAAACAAUGCGUUAUUUUCGACUCAGCUCCGUGAUUCGUAAGUGACGGUGAUUUCUCAGAUGACCAGAGAGAGUAAAUUCGAGACCGUUGUUAUUCGGCGCAGGAAGUCGGUGGUGUGUUGAGGCGCUGGAUCAACCGGACGAAACUUACCAGAUUGGAUGAGAUAAUAUAGUACAAUUAUUCCAAAAUUAAUUUUCCUAAGCCUCACGUUUUACUAGGAACUUUAUAGUUGUUGAUGGGGUGUUUGAUUAUAGUAAAGUAUAUUGUAUAAUUAACGAGCAAACCGUAUGGCAAAUUAUUAUUAUUGAAGUCAAGUGUCGGUCAACCGGGUUGUUUUUCUGUGUACCGCGCAGAUUCUUGAGCUUCUCGGUGUUCUGGCACGAUUUUUCAAAUUAAAAAAAAAGAACAACACUACUCUCCUAUUUAUUAAUGCCAAAUGUUGGUGAAGUGGCAUUUCAGUUGAAUGUUGUUAUUUGUAAUUUUAAUGGUAAAAAUAUGAAUCGUUAAUUUGUUAUAAUUGUUAUUUUAUAAUAUAACUGAUGUAUAAAGCAAGCAGCCCCGUUCGGUUUUGGCCCUUUAGAUACUAUAAUGGCCAUGUCGGGGAUAAAAUCGACAUAUAAAUAUGUAUACAUAGGUAUAUAUAUUAUAUAAAUUCUUGUCUUAAUAUGAUGUGCUUUUAUUUAUAAAAUAAAAGGUCAUGAGCUUUAAAUUAAAGAGAGGUGAAUAAUAAUUAAACCUAAUAUUUAAGGUGUUAAUGUUCCAUUUCAGGAUCAAAUAUAAUAUUUUUGUGAAAAAAAAAAGCUUUUUUAGUCCUUGUUACGUUUGUUAAAUUAUGCCCUGAAAUUGUAAAGUUAGUUCACAAUAAUUGUAAUAUAAUUUAAGAAGAUUACAAAAUGCUACAAAUAUUUUCAUAAAAGUAAAAGUUAAACUUCAUUAAAAUAUAAUCACGCAUAUAUAAAUAUAACUGAAUUUUAUUUAACUACCUAGCCUCUAUGUAAUUUUAUCUAUCCCAAAAAAUUGCAAAGUAUGCUUAGCUUAUAGUGGUUCUUAAAAAUAGUUAUAGUGUAUACAUAAUAUAUACUUAAAAAUUCUUAUAAAUAUAAUACUUAUUAUUGUAUAAUACUACAAUUAUAUUUAAUUAUACAAUGCAUAACAAGUUCGAUAUAAGUUCUAAACAGCACCCCUAUACUGUCGUGCUACGAUUGUUCUCUGCUAUUAUUAAAUUUUAUGUUUUGUUGUCUUUGACAUCCAGGUCAUUCUUAGGACGACUGAAUAGAUACUGUAUUUGUUGAGUUAUUUAAAUAUGCGAGUACUUACACCAUACCAAAAUAGAGAUCAUUACAGUAAAAUACCUAUCUAAAAAGUAUAUUGUAUAAAUUUUACUGCAAUCCGUUUUCUGGGAACGGCGCUGCGCGUCCGAUCUCCCAGAUUUUGAGAGUGGUUUUGAUAUUUUUGUAAAAAUUGAUGGGUCUUCUUACGCCGAAGAAAUAUAUGACAAAGUAUUGUUUUUUAAAUAA